AUGACUAAAAAUGCCUGCUUAACAGCAGCAGCAGGAGCACCUGUGUCAACAGCGGCGACGGCCACGGCGGGCGUCCCCGGUGCCCCCGAGCAAACACGGCGUGCCUCCCCGGGCCGGCCGCUGCUGGGAGACAGGCGGAGGGCGGAGGGACAGGACGGGGCGGGCGAGGGGCGGCGGCAGCAGCAGCACAAGCCCCCCCCCCCCGAAGCACGUGCUCCUCCCACGCCCCCACCCAGCAGUGCCUCACGGGGGGGGGCGGAGGGCCGCGCCGUCGAGGCGCUCCGGCAGCCGGCGGGGGGCGUCCGCGAGCCUUCUGCCCGCCCGCCCGGGCGGCGCGUCUCUGUCGGGGGUCUGUCGGAGGGCCGCGCGGGCUCUCUGUGUCUCGCCGACUGGCAGCAGCGGCAGCAGCAGCGCAGCAGUCGGGCGGCGGGCGGCGUGGAGGUGCCAACCAGCCAGCCGAGCGAGGCAGCGGGGCUCCGUGAGGCCGGCCGAGGCCCCCGCCGGGAGGGAAGGAAGGAAGGAAGGAGCGAGGGAGGGAUGGCGGCGCCUCCGCUGCUGGCGCUCAACGCCUCGCCGGCCUGCAGCAGCCCCGCCAACGGCUCCGCAGAGCCCCCCUGGAACGGCACCGCCGCCGCCCCCCCUUGCCCCGACUGCAGGCGCCAGAGCCCCGCCGCGCCCCUCCCGAGCUGCCUCUUGGGCAUCCCAGUGGAAGCCUGGCCCAGCACAGCCCCUCCCAGAAGACCCCGCCUGCAAGGGGAGGGUCAGCAGCUCCUCUCCUCUCUCUCCCCCCCCCCAGACUUAGAGCUCACGGUGCGAGUCCUUCUCUACUUGGUCAUUUUCCUGCUCAGCGUGGUGGGGAACGUGCUGGUGAUCUCGGUGCUGGCCGUGAACAAGCGCCUGCGCACCGUUACCAACUCCUUCCUGCUCUCGCUGGCCGUCAGCGACCUAAUGGUGGCGCUCUUCUGCAUCCCCUUCACCUUCAUCCCCAACCUCAUGCAGACCUUUGUCUUCGGCAAGGUUGUCUGCAAAACCGUGGCCUACCUCAUGGGCAUGUCCGUCAGCGUCUCCACCUUCAGCCUGGUGGCCAUCUCCAUCGAGCGCUACAACGCCAUUUGCAACCCGCUGCAGUCCCGGGUGUGGCAGACGCGCUCCCACGCCUACCGGGUCAUCGUGGCCACGUGGCUGCUGUCGGCCCUCCUCAUGCUGCCCUACCCAGUCUACACCACCACGACCCCCUCGCCUGACCAGCCCGGCAUCUACCAGUGCCAGCACAAAUGGCCGGGGGUCCACGGCAGACAGGCCUGGUACGUGCUGAUCCUGGUGACACUCUUCUUUGUCCCUGGGCUGGUGAUGACGGUGGCUUACGGCCUGAUCUCCUGGGAGCUCUACCGCGGCCUGCGCUUUGAGAUGGACCUUUCCCAGGAAGCCAAAGCUCCACAGAACGGUGGCUCGCAGGCGCUGGCCCCUCGUGAGGAGAGCGACGGCUGCUACAUCCAGGUGCCCCGGGGGUCCGCAGGGGGCACUGUGGAGCUGUCGGUCCUGACCUCCGAGGACCACGCCAAGGAGGAGCGCGUCCGGGCGAACCGCUCGGAGGGCCAGCUGCGGGCCAAGAAGCGCGUCAUCCGCAUGCUCCUGGUGAUCGUGGUCCUCUUCUUCGUCUGCUGGCUGCCCCUCUACGUGGCCAACACGUGGCAGGCCUUCUCCCCCAGGGCUGCUCGCCGGGCCCUCUCGGGCACUCCCAUCUCCUUCAUCCACCUCCUCAGCUACCUCUCCACCUGCGUCAACCCCUUCAUCUACUGCUUCAUGAACAAGCGUUUCCGGAAAGCCCUGGCCGCCACCUGCACCGCCUGCUGCUGCUGCUGCCGCGUGGCCCCCUGCCGCCCCCAGCCCCGCCCCCUGGACGACGAGGUCACUGCCACGGGCGCCUCCCUCUCCAAGUUCAGCUACACCACCGUGAGCAGCAUCGGGCCCCCCUGACCCCCAACUUCCUGGGCACAGCUGCCCCCCCCCCAGCCUCCCAGGAGGCCUGACAGGGCGCGGGAGGCUGGGGAACCUGGCAGCAGGGUCCUCCUUCCUCCCUCCCUCCCUGCCGGGCCUGAACUGGGGCCCUUUCCCAGGAGAGCCUGUGCCCCCCAGGCUGCCUCUGGGAGCCCCCAACCUCAGUCUGCCCUUUUGGGGGGGAGCUGCUGCCUGGAACUGCACGUCCUCUGCCCCCCUUUCCAGGGCCACUCAGGGUGGGGUGGGGGGGCUGCACCAGCACUGACCCAACCCAGGGAGGAGGAGAGGAGAGGCUCAGGUGGUCCUCUGCAAGAGUCUUGCAAAUAUUAUUCUGAUCCCAGGUUGGGAGGAGAGCCCUUUGGGUCGACAUUGUUGUUUCCCAAGUAGUAGCCUCCUUGCUGCCCUUGUUGAGAAGGGGGCUGCCCCCCCACACACCAGACCCUUUGCACUGGGGGCAAUCCAUCCCCUCCCCACUGCUGUGUGUGUGUCGCGGGGGGCGGGUGUGUCUUUCACGCUCUGUGUACCUCAAAUAAAGCUCUCAGAAUAGA